AUGGAUGAUCCACAGAAAGACAACUUCAGCUUAGACCCAGUCCCAGCUCCUCACACCCCCAGCUCCUCUCAGCCCCAGCUCCUCUCAGCCCCAGCUCCUCUCAGCCCCAGCUCCUCUCAGCCCCAGCUCCUCACACCCCCAGCUCCUCACACCCCCAGCUCCUCUCAGCCCCAGCUCCUCACACCCCCAGCUCCUCUCAGCCCCAGCUCCUCUCAGCCCCAGCUCCUCACACCCCCAGCUCCUCUCAGCCCCAGCUCCUCCCAGCUCCUCCCAGCCCCAGCCCCUCUCAGCGCCAGCUCCUCUCAGCCCCAGCUCCUCUCAGACCCAGCUCCUCCCAGCUCCUCCCAGCUCCUCCCAGCCCCAGCCCCUCUCAUCCCCAGCUCCUCCCAUCCCCAGCUCCUCCCAGCCCAAGCUCCUCCCAGCCCAAGCUCCUCCCAGCCCCAGCUCCUCCCAGCCCAAGCUCCUCCCAGCCCAAGCUCCUCCCAGCUCCUCCUAGCCCCAGCCCCUCUCAGCCCCAGCUCCUCCCAGCCCCAGCUCCUCCCAUCCCCAGCUCCUCCCAUCCCCAGCUCCUCCCAUCCCCAGCUCCUCCCAGCUCCUCCCAGCCCCAGCUCCUCCCAGCCCCAGCUCCUCCCAGCCCCAGCCCCUCUCAGCCCCAGCUCCUCUCAGCCCCAGCUCCUCUCAGCCCCAGCUCCUCCCAGCCCCAGCUCCUCUCAGUCCCAGCUCCUCCUAGCCCCAGCUCCUCUCAGUCCCAGCUCCUCCCAGCCCCAGCUCCUCUCAUCCCCAGCUCCCCUCAGUCCCAGCUCCACUCAGCCCCAGCUCCUCCCAUCCCCAGCUCCUCUCAGCCCCAGCCCCUCCCAGCCCCAGCUCCUCUCAGCUCCAGCUCCUCCCAGUCCCAGCUCCUCCCUUCCCCAGCUCCUCCCUUCCCCAGCUCCUCUCAGCCCCAGCUCCUCCCAGCUCCUCCCAUCCCCAGCUCCUCCCAGCCCCAGCCCCUCUCAGCCCCAGCUCCUCUCAUCCCCAGCUCCUCUCAGCCCCAGCUCCUCCCAGCUCCUCUCAUCCCCAGCUCCUCUCAGCCCCAGCUCCUCUCAGCCCCAGCUCCUCCCAGGCCCAGCUCCUCUCAGCCCCAGCUCCUCCCAGCCCCAGCUCCUCCCAGCCCUAGCUCCUCCCAGCCCCAGCUCCUCCCAGUCCCAACUCCUCCCAGCUCCUCCCAGCCCCAGCCCCUCUCAGCCCCAGCUCCUCCCAUCCCCAGCUCCUCUCAGCCCAAGCUCCUCCCAGCCACAGCUCCUCCCAGCUCCUCCUAGCCCCAGCCCCUCUCAGCCCCAGCUCCUCCCAGCCCCAGCUCCUCCCAGCCCCAGCUCCUCCCAUCCCCAGCUCCUCCCAGCUCCUCCCAGCCCCAGCCCCUCUCAGCCCCAGCUCCUCCCAGCCCCAGGACAUCUCAUCUCCUCUCACAGAGACCCAGCUCAUCUCCUCUCACAGAGACCCAGCCCCUCCCCUCUCACAGAGACCCAGCCCGUCUCCUCUCACAGAGACCCAGCCCCUCUCCUCUCACAGAGACCCAGCUCAUCUCCUCUCACAGAGACCCAGCCCCUCCCCUCUCACAGAGACCCAGCUCAUCUCCUCUCACAGAGACCCAGCCCCUCCCCUCUCACAGAGACCCAGCCCGUCUCCUCUCACAGAGACCCAGCCCCUCUCCUCUCACAGAGACCCAGCCCGUCUUCUCUCACAGAGACCCAGCCCCUCUCCUCUCACAGAGACCCAGCCCCUCACCUCUCACAGAGACCCAGCCCCUCUCCUCUCACAGAGACCCAGCCCCUCUCCUCUCACAGAGACCCAGCUCAUCUCCUCUCACAGAGACCCAGCCCGUCUUCUCUCACAGAGACCCAGCCCCUCUCCUCUCACAGAGACCCAGCCCCUCUCCUCUCACAGAGACCCAGCCCGUCUCCUCUCACAGAGACCCAGCUCGUCUCCUCUCACAGAGACCCAGCCCCUCUCCUCUCACAGAGACCCAGCCCCUCUCCUCUCACAGAGACCCAGCACGUCUCCUCUCACAGAGAACCAAGACAUACUAUUCUUCUCAAACCCAGAACAGCGAGACGACCCCAUGCAGAUCCUCUCUCAGAGCCAGGCUAG